AAUGGCGACAGCGGCUGUAGCGGCGACUUCCUCCGGUAAAGAUGCGGUGGCCGAGGGGCUGCUGGACCUCAUGACACCGGCUAUCCAGCAGCUCGACCUGCAUGUGCACUCAGUCAGAGAAAGCCAGGUAGAAUUAAGAGAACAUAUAGACAAUCUGGCCACAGAGUUGUGCCGGAUUAAUGAACACCAGAAGGUGGCUCUGGACCUGGACCCGUACGUGAAGAAGCUGCUGAAUGCCAGGCGCAGAGUAGUGCUCGUGAACAACAUCCUGCAGAACGCCCAGGAGCGUCUGAGACGACUCAACCACAACGUGGCCAAGGAGACGGCUCGACGGAAGACCAUGCUGGAGGCUUCCGGAGCGUUCGCCUCGCGCUCCCCCAGCAAACCCUGAGCCGCCUCCUGCUGCUCGGUGAGCCGCCUCCUGCUGCUCGGUGAGCCUCACACGCCAUCACACCAGGAGCAACGUCUUCCUCUGACAUGCAGUUAGCCGUUGGUCUGGCGACACGCUCGCCUGCAAUGCUUUGGCCAAGGUUGUCUUCAGAUAAAAGUCCUGUCUGCAGUCUGUUCAGCCGUAAAAUGACUCAAAACAACGGCAACACCAGGUCGUACGUUUAUUCUACAGGCUCGAUAACUACUAAACCCUCAAGUGAAAUGUAAAUAAUGACCACAACCGUAAUGUCAUCCCAGGGUAAUGUAGACCAGUACAACACACCCUUGUUUGGCUGCUCGUGGAUGUAUGAUAUGACGACAAUGCCCCUUUAUGCUCAACACAAUGGACACAGACACACAAAAUGAAUCCCACUAAAUUGUACAUCUCAAAACAUUUACAAUGCAAAUGCAAUGGAUGCAGCAUGUUCAUCAUGUACAAGAGCACUGGCACCAACUGCAGCUGCAGUGUUGUUUUUUAUGUGGUAUGUUUCUUUUGUGUACCUUUUUUUAUUUUUUAUCAAGAGCCACAUGAAGGACUUUACUCUUGAAACACCAGGUGUAUUAUUGUUAAUUAAUGUAAAUUAAAAGAAUGAAUACUGCAUAAUCAAUGAAUCAACAUUAAAAACAUUUGUAUUCAAGCUA